UUAAUCACCACCGAAGGCGCUAUGAGACGCUGUAGUGAAUAAGUAAAUGAGUGGGAUUGUCCUGCAGAAAAUUUGUUUUUGCCGCUCGUUCUGUUAAAGUGUUUACAACUAUAUAUUAAUUUACUCUUCCACCGGUGUUUGGAUGCAAUGUAGCGGAAAAGAGCGAAACGCGCCGCUGCAACAAAGCAGUUAGAUUUUACAGCAGCACGCUGUGGACUCCUCUACUCACCCGCCUCUCCUGCUGUUGAGACAAAACAACAAGCAACAGUCUAAAACUGGCUGACCCUCUUUAAGUGACCAAAUGUAUAAGCUUGGGAAGACCUCGGGUCACCACCACUCCAGAGAAGCACAUGUGUCUGAGAGCAGGCCAGCGAAGAAAGACAUGCAUAAGCAUAAGCACAAACACCAUGUGAGCCCUGGCUCAACAAAUAUUCCAAGUAGACAAAAUAUUGUUGGCUGCAGGAUAAAACACAAAUGGAAAGAAGACUCUUCCUCUCCCAUAUCACACUGGGCUGGUACAGUUCUAGACCAAGUCGAAGUUAACCCUUCUCUCUACCUCAUCAAGUAUGAUGGCUUAGACUGUGUAUACAGCCUGGAACUUCUUAAAGAUGAGAGGGUUCAAGGACUUGAAAUCUUACCUGACAAAAUUGCUACAUUACGAGUGAGUGAUGCUCGUCUAGCAGAGAGGAUCGUGGGGCAAACUGUGGAGCACCAGUUUGAAAAGGAUGAUGGAUCAAAGGAUCCCUGGAGAGGGUUAGUGCUUGGCAGAGCUCCCAUGAUGCCUACAUGGUUUUUCAUUACCUAUGAGAAGGACCCUGUUCUUUACUUGUACCAGCUUCUUCAGGACUACAAAGAGGGUGACCUCCGUAUACUUACAGACUUAGACGGCUGGACCAUUCGGCGCCCUUGUAGUUUGAUAGAAUUCCAAGCAGUCAUGCUGAAGAGGUGGUGUCUGAGCAUGAUGGUCCGCAGGGGGCUAGUGCUAGUGGUGACAUUCUGGGUUGUAGCUCUCCUGUAUUCCAUGAACUGCAGACCUCGUGGAAACCAAAAGCACCAAAAGGUCAAAGGGCCAAUGGAUGACAUGAAGUACCAGGCUUUGCUGCAGGAGCGAGAGGAGCAGUAUCAUCACUAUUCCAAAAGCCUUGGACAGCAGAUCUUCCAGUUGACGAAGGCUCUCCAAGACAGGAAAAGAAAAGUGCAGAAGUCUCUGGAACAGGCUGCUGUAAUGCUACCAAUGGAGUUGAAACAAUUAGAGGAAAAGAGUAAUUCCGAAAUUGAGAUGUUCUUCAAAAAGCAACUACAUAACGCAGAAAUCCAUGAAGGCUUAAAGCUACCAAAUGAACAUGCACUGGUUCCAUUUGAGAGCUUUUCUCUUCACAGGGUUUAUCAGCUGGACACUGGGCUUGCACGACACCCUGUACAAAGCACUCUUCGUACUGACCUGGGAGGGGCUUUAGAAGCAGCCCUGCACAUUCUUAAUGAUCCUCAAAAAAGAGACAACUCUCAAUACCGUAGGAUCCACUCUCCACAGGACUUCUUUGAGGGAAUUUUUCGGACAGAACGAGAUAAAGGAACCAUAUAUGAUCUCGCCUUCAGAGAUAAUUCUUCUGUGGACUUCAGGAGGCUACUUUUCUUCCGUCCAUUUGCGCCAUUGAUGAAGGUGAAGGAAGAAAUGAUUGACACAUCGAACAUGCUAAUAAAUAUCAUUGUACCAUUGUCCAACAGAGUGGAGUCAUUUAGACAGUUUAUGCACAAUUUCAGGGAAGUUUGUCAUCCACAAGUUGAAAAAGUUCAUCUCACUGUGGUGUUUUUUGGAACAGAGAAAAUGAAUGAAGUAAGAAGAAUUAUAGACUCCACUGCAAGGAAAAUGCGAUCCAGGAACUUCACUCUUAUACAUCUAAAUGCAAGGUUCUCCAAGGGAAAAGGCUUAGACGUGGGAGCUCGGGCCUGGAAGAAAAGCAAUGCUCUUCUUUUCUUCUGUGAUGUGGACGUACAUUUUACUGCAGAGUUUCUCCACUCCUGCCGCAUGAAUACCCAACCUGGUAAAAGAGUCUACUUCCCCAUACCGUUCAGCCAGUAUAACCCAGAUGUUGUCUAUGGUGAAGGUAGCAUACCUUCUAUUGAUAAACAGCUGGUAAUCAGUAAAAGCACUGGAUUCUGGCAAGAUUUUGAAUUCGGAAUAUUGUGUCAAUAUAGAUCAGACUUCAUCAACAUAGGAGGCUUUGACCUGAGUGUAAAAACGUUAGGAAAGGAAGAUCUUCACCUCUACAGAAAAUAUCUUCACAGUAAUCUCAUGGUGGUGCGUGCCCCCUCAAGAGGACUCUUUCAAAUGUGGCAUGAAAAACUAUGUGCAGAGGAUUUAUCAACAGAGUCAUUUAAAACCUGCAUACAGUCUAAAGCCAUUAAUCAGGCCUCACACAGCCAGAUGGGAGAACUUUUAUUUCACAAAGAAAUAGACAGUCAUCUCCACAAAUACAAACUCCAUUAGAACAUCAAGGACUGAGUGAAAUGGUAAAGCUGGUAUGUUUGAUAACACUACCUCUUUUUUGUGUUUUUUUUUUCUAUUUUUUUCUAUUUUU